CGCACUUUCAUGGCGGCGAGCCCGACAAGGGUAGCAUUACUUUGCAACAUUUGUUGAGGCAUUUAUCAUUAUUUAUUAGUAGUUUCCGGUGGUUUCGUGGGAUCUGAAAUUCAAAAUGUUAAUUACACUAAAAACCUUGCAACAACAAACGUUUAAGGUUGAUAUCGCAGAAGAAUCAACGGUGAAAGAACUGAAGGAGAAGGUGGAGGUAGAGAAGGGGAAAGAAUUUCCUGCUGCAGGACAGAAGCUCAUUUAUGCAGGAAAGAUUUUAGAAGAUGACAAGAAAAUAUCAGAUUAUAAGAUAGAAGAGAAGAAUUUUGUUGUUGUCAUGAUAACAAAGCCGAAGGCGGCACCCCCAGCCAAACCAGCAGAGAGCACCAGUACACAGCCGGCUCCCACAGAACCUGCCGCUGCAUCUGACCCUGCCCCCACCCCUGCCCCCACCCAGGCUCCCACCCCUGCACCAGCACCAGCACCAACCCCCGCACAGACAGAGGCUAAAGACACACCCAAACCUGAGGAGGCUAAGCCAGAGGAUAAGCCAGCCAGCACCCCAGCAGCCACUGGGACAUCUGCGUCCAGCGACGCCCCAGCACAGCUAGCCGCAAGUGCAUUACCCCAGUCAGCCAUACAGUCAGCAGAGAGCUCCCUUGUCACAGGCCAGGAAUAUGAGAACAUGGUGAUGGAGAUGAUGAACAUGGGCUUUGACCGGGAGAUGGUGGUGCAGGCACUCAGGGCUAGCUUCAACAACCCGGAUAGAGCUGUAGAGUAUCUGCUAGGGGGUAUUCCUGCAACACCAGUUGCUGUGGUUGAUGACCCCCUCCAGCUCAGCCUGCCCCUGCCCCACCUGCAGCCACCACCGGUGCUCCACCCCCCACACAAGCUGCACCCCCUGCAGGUACCCCCCCUGUACAAGGCCCGGCUCAGGGGACAGGCUCCACCCCAGCCAGUGCUGCUUGUAGGAGGCAAUGCUGGAGACCCAUUAUCAUUUUUACGCUUACAACCCCAGUUUCGGCGGAUGCGAGAAGCUAUUCAAGAAAAUCCUCAGUUACUCCCAGUUUUGUUACAGCAAAUUGGUCAGACAAAUCCUACUCUUUUAGCACUAAUUAAUCAGAAUCAGGAGCGCUUUGUAGACAUGUUAAAUGAGCCACUCGACGAUGAAGCAGCGGAGCCCCAGGGGGCUGGGGCAGGGAGCGGCCAGGGUUAUAUACACGUCACACCGCAGGAAAAAGAGGCAAUUGAGAGGUUGAAAGCAUUGGGAUUCCCUGAAACAUUGGUUGUUCAAGCAUACUUUGCCUGUGACAAGAAUGAGGAGCUUGCUGCUAACUUUUUGUUAACCCAAACAUUGGAUGAUGAAGAGCAGCAAAGUUGAUCAUUUUAAACAAAGACAAUUGGGAUAAUUUCCCCAACAGUUAUACACAUGUAAAGAAAAUCUUGGGACUUUAAAGGAAAUCAUAAGCCCUGUGGAAGAUGGUGAAAGUGGUGUCCGUUUUCUUGCAUGGAUGUACUAUCCAUAGUUUUGAGAAGGCGAUGAUUGUAUGAAAUGCUGAAAGAUUUUAUGCCUGCCCUGAAAAUAAAUGUGCAUACCAUA